GCAAAGACAAUUAGAGCGACAUUUCGUGCAUGUUGGUGGCGGAUACGCGAAUGGCGAAUACUCGAGUCGCGACGAAAGAUCUCUUAUUUGGCGAAAGAUCGACGCCGUGUUUGAAAGUCGUACAUUGACGGCCGUUGUGGUUAACUCGGAUUAAGCCGCGACGGUUUUUGGAAAACGCGAGAGAAAUAAUGCUUGAGAUGCUAUAGAAAGACACGGUAGUGUAAAAGUGAAUAUCGCGUUCAACAGUGAGUUUACGACGAACAACAAACGUGACAUUAAGAAUAUAAAUACUAAGAACAUUGAGAUAUACCGAUACACUGAUUUGCGCGAGUGGUACGUCAUCGAGCCCACGUUGACGUCACUCGAUGAGUUCCAGGAACGCGACUGCGGGUGGACAUUGUCACGUAUAUUGAAUUUGAUUUAUCAAUGUGAACAAACUAAAUCCCAGGAUGCCAUAUCGAAAUGCUGCGACAAAUAGUGACGAAACGAGCAGUGAUCAAUGUGCGUACGACGGACAGUACGUACUUCGCGUGGUCGUCGCUCUAUACUAGACUGAAAGAAAUGCGGAUCGAGAAUUAUCGUAUCCGCAUUACAGGACAGUAUUGAAUCUUGCGGGUAUAAAAUUUCCAGUAACUUUAAAAGACAUUUCUAAAUUUGAACGUUUAAACGUGGUGUCAAUCAACGUGUACGGUAUCAUAAACGAGUCUGUGGCUUACUAGUAAUAAGAAGGAGAAAUACGUCACAUGCUGUACAUGCAAGAUCCACGCGACGACGAUGGGCAUUUUGCGUGGAUAAAAAAUCUAUCCUGUUUCGUGAGAUCGCAAAUUACUAGGGACAAGAAGAAGAAAUUUUUUUGCAAUCGGAAAAUGAACGACUGCGCUAUCCGACUGCCGAGCGUGGACAAGUGGCUCGAAUUUGGGAACCACUGCAAUAAGGAACGCGUCUCAUUCAUCGUCUACGCUGAUUUGGAGUGCGUUCUACGGAAGACGAAAUCCAUCAGGGAAGAUGCAUGGUCGUACACAUAUCAACAGCACGAGGCAUUAAUAGGAUACUACGUGCGAUAAAAAAAAUUACGAAAAGGGGAAAAAAAGCAGAAUUCGAUUAUGGAAUUUCCAACAUUCUGUUCUCGCGCGAGGCCACGUCGAGUUCUUCUGGAUCACGUUUAUAAAUGCACUAUAUACUGCUCACGGAAAAUCGUAAACAAUUAAUAAAACAAUUAAUAAAAAUUGGGAACAAUUAAAAU